UGAUGUUGCAUUUGCGUUGACUUUUGAACAUCCGCUUGCAUGACCUCCAGGUGUUGCAGAAGAACCUUUUUGAAGCCUCAUGACGCGCAAGGUUGUUGACAACUCUGUUGAAGACAUCCAGCCUCAUGAAGAUCAUUGGCUGGGCCAGUGGGCUUGCAGCCUGUCCGUGAUCUUGUUUCUGAUCGCUUUCGGGCUGUCUGGCCAAAUGGUUCCAAGGUGCACUGCGGAGCAAGGCAUGUGCACGCCCGGAGAAUGCACUUGUCCGUUCCCGUUGAUGAAGCGGGAUUUGGUGACGCAGGACGCGCAAGCAUGUUCGCAAUGUGUUGAAGAGUUUUGUCCAGCGGUCGUAGAAGGAGACCCAGCAUGCUCCACAGCUGCUUGCGACUGUGAGGAUCCAUCUUGGCCAAGGAUAGAUGUAGGAACUCCCGAGAAGCCAUGCAUGCAGUGCGUUCAUCCUCAUGUUGAUGUCACCUUGCGCCGCGAAGGCGAUAAUGAUUGCUUGGACUUUGGAGAGAACAGGACAUGUACUGUGUUUCGAUACAAUGGCGCAGCCAUGUUAGAUAAGACUUCGAAUCGAAGCAGUUGCCUUACCUGGUCCAAUGGUGAUUGGCAGCUGACACAGUGUCAAGGGACUCCUGGCGGCUCUGCGAAGUUUACACAACGCAGUAACAAAGAUGAGGCCUUGACAAAGGGCACAUUUUGUACCAGCAGAGGGAAGCAAUGCUUACACAUCAAAGAGUACAUGUGCAAAACAGAUCCGUCUCAAUGCAGCACAGAGAUGUGCCGCUGCGAAGACCCCUCGCAUGUCCGAAAGGAGCUGCAGACGGUGGACAGGUCAACUUGCUACUUGUGCACGCCAGUUCUCCCAGAGUGUCCGGUGUCACCGGCAGCCUGCUCCUCCGAAGCUUGCGAGUGCAAACCAGGUUUUUUCAAGGCUCCACAGAACAGUGAUGAGUCCUGCUUUAGUUGUCAACCAGAAACAGUGCCGUCAGUUACAGGAUUAACCUCGAUUCUGACACUCCUUUCCGCUGCUGCUACGUUUUUGCUGUGCAUUGCGCUUGUAGCGGUCGUUGGAUGUGCAAUCCGUGGAUCCAUUGUUGGUGAUCCUGCACCCACCAAGCGGAAAAGACGUGGCUCUCAAGCGAGGACCUGGUCGGAGAACUGCGCCCUCUACUUGGAAGAGGCAAUACAGGUGGUCUGUACGCGGGUGGGAGAAUGGAAGCCUUUUAAACGGGUCAGCUGGGCCGUGCGAAAAGUAGUGGCCUUCCUGGAUGCCUGUGAUGCUGCUUUGGAUCCCGUCUAUUUUUUCUUUGAAGCGGGUUUGGACAGAAUACAGAACGCCAUAAAUGUUGGUAUCGACAAAGCCAAGAAGCUGAUCGGGAUGGGGCAGACAGAGAGCACCAAGACCGUGAAGCCCAAGCGCGAACGUGAGACGGAUCGCCAAGGGCACAACGAUGUUGCAAAGGAGCACUUUGUGCCCAGGGCGGCUCAUGACAGGGUUGGAGCCAAGGGAGCUGGAGAAAGAGAUCAGAGCAUAUCCUGGGAUCCAAUCAAUGUCAACGUGAGCAACGAGGAGUGGAUGAAUUACGUCAUCCCCAACGUCUCAGCUCAGCGACAAGCUCGAUAUGCCCGAAACGAGCCUCCACCGCCCAACAGCGCUGUGCAGAGACUGCGGCAACGCAGAGAAGCCAAGGCGCAAGCAGCAGCUGAGAAGGCCACGGCGCAGGCAGCGAGUGUGACCGAGGUGGAGGUGGACGAAUCAUGGAUUGAUGCCAUGGAAGAAAAAGAAGCAAAAGAGAAAGAGGCUAAGGAGAAGGCCGCCGCGCAGCGCAGGGAGCGGAAGCAAGCCGCCAAAGCGAGGCGUGCCAAAGUUGCAGCAGGUGGUCCGCAAGAAGCCGAAAACGAUGAGGUCGAGGAGACUACUGCACCAGCGACCGAGACCAGUGAAUCUGAAAACAAGAAGGCAAAAGUUGAAGAGCCUCGCGCAGCGGAUACCGAGGGCCCAGACAUGAACCCUCAGGACGAAAUUGAGGAACCCAAAGCUGAAGUUGUGCAGGAGAAUCCAAAGGCCAGCGGCCAGUUGGAUGGUUCCAACUAG